GCGUCAAAGUAGAAAAAUUUCUAUUUCGACGCACGUCGUGAUGCGUCUGUCAAAAUGGUUCAAUCAUAUCGGGUGAAAAUCGAUAUUUUUUCACGUUAAAUUGUUUCGAGCGCAAUUGGACGUGUAAUUGGACUACUAAAUAAUUUUAUUAACAAAACAAAAUAAAUGUAGAGAAAGUAAUUUCGUAAUUGCUGCAAAACAGGUGUGUGCGGGUCAGUAUGCAAUGUGCAAUAAUAAAGCGAAAACAUGCUUUGCACUGUUUUGAGCAGAACUGGAAAUGAUUUUACAGUUGUAAUUUAACAUUAUAAUCACAUCAGAACCUAUAAAUAAGAGGCAUUAUUGCUGUUUGUUGAUGUUUUUCUUUGUAAAAUGUGUUGACAUAUCCAUGCAGAACGCAGCGAACAGAUACCAGCGUGCGUCACGCAAUGCGUUGCGAUACGCUGCGUCGAAACAAGUACCAAGCCCUAAGUCGAGAACCGCGUAACUCGAGAGCAGACUGACAGAUAAAUCGGUAUUUCUGGUCACUCUGGUUGUAAACAAUUGUUUGGGAUUUGUUUUGGGAAAAUGUGUCGUAAUUUUUAACAAUUUUAGUAAAAGUAAUGUCCAGCUGGAGGACUGUUGGUAUCUGCUCGCCAAUACUUGCCAGCGGAAAGGUAUCGCGAUGCGUACCACAACAACAAUGGCAUCACAAUCGCCAACAAAAUCGUCAAAAUCAGUCACAAACUCGACAUGCUCUGCUGGAUUUGCGCCGCAAGGCAAUACCAGUUGAUCGGCAGCGGCAGGUACUGUACGAGCUGGUGGAAAAGUUUGAAAAGCUACCACAAGAGAAAGCGUUCGCGAUAGAGGAAGGCGCAAUCGAGCUGCUGAAGGAGCUGGAACACUCCACCGAUCCUGCCAUAAGGCAGCAUGCGAAGCUCGGUUUGGCGCUGCUCGGGUACGUCCCACCGUUGUCAAGCGAGGGGAUACGCAUCCUGAGCAUUGACGGGGGAGGCAUCCGCGGUAUAAUCGUGAUGGAACUGCUACGCAAACUGGAACGACUCACGAAUCGAAGAAUAUUCGAUCUGUUCGAUCUAGUAUGCGGCGUCUCGACUGGAGCUAUAUUGGUUUGUGCGUUGGCCUCCGAGAAAGGGUUAACCCUUGCCGAAGGCAUUCACCUCUACAAAAAGAUAGCCUACAAAGUCUUCCAUCGCCCGACGACGCUGGAUAAACUUUCCGGAGCGUCGCGCCUGUUUUCGUCGCACGCUUACUACGAUAUCGAGCUGUGGGAAUCGCUACUGAAACGUCAUGUGGGCCACCGUCGCAUAAUCGACACGGUGAUGCUUCCAAAUGUGCCGAAGUUCUGCUGUAUAUCGACUACCGUUUGCGACGAGUACAUCGAUGCGCAUGUAUUCCGCAACUACACAUUCCCUCAGAACGUGCAGUCGGUGUACGCCGGGUCACACACCGCACGACUGUGGGAGGUAGUGCGAGCGUCAUCCGCCGCUCCGGCGUACUUUGGUGACUUCCCGCUGAACGGUCAGCUGCAUCAGGACGGUGGCAUACUGUACAACAAUCCUACCGCCGUGGCCAUCCACGAAGCCAAAUGUCUGUGGCCGAACGAUCGCAUCCAGUGUGUGGUGUCGUUCGGUACGGGACGAACGCGCGGCAAAUCGAACGAUGGUCAAAAAAUUAUAAGCCGUAAAAUACUCGACCAAGCUUCGUUGUCCAGCUCGUGGAAGACAAAGUUCCUGCGUAUUCUCGAUUCGGCCACCGACACGGAAGCGGCGCACACGGUGCUGAGCGAUCUGCUACCGGCCGGUCACUAUUUCCGUUUCAAUCCGUACCUUACCGAGUUCCUGUCGAUGGUUGAGGUGCGGCCGGAAAAGAUUGCCCAGCUGGAGAAGGAUACGGCAAUGUACUAUGCGCGCAAUGAGGACAAGUUCGAGCAGGUUGCUGACCUGCUGCUGCGCAAGCGAUCGAUCGCACGCAAAGCGUACGAUGUGGCACGCUACGUUUUCUAUCGCUAGUGUUUCUUGAAAAGUGUUUUUGCUGCUAAUUGCCAAAGAGAUUCUGCUAGUAUUGGUAGCGUCAGGGCAGAAGGUGAAUGUUGUUAUAACAUGAUAACAACAGAUUUUGUGUUUCUCGUUUGCUUGUAUGAAUCUUUUAGUUGCUGUACUACAGUCACUACUGACAUACCUCUCAGUGAAGGUGAACAAUUCAGGUUUUAUUUCGGUAUUACAUCUUUUUAGUAUUUUAGUAUUGCUAAGCUUGUUUGGAUCCCCGUAUAACGACUGUCCAUGGAUAUAUUUUGUUUUGCGAUUGUGUGUAAAUGUUUGGUUUAUGUUUGUAAAUUGCAAAUAAAGUUCUGUGACGUGUAAGAGUGAUCUUAAACGUAAUUAGAAUGAUUCACAACA